AUGGAGGAGCUCCAGGUGUAUAAUCGGCGUCUGCUCCACAACAUCCUGCCGAAAGACGUGGCUGCUCACUUCCUUGCCUGUGAACGGCGGAAUGACGAGCUCUAUUACCAGUCGUGUGAGUGCGUUGCUGUCAUGUUCGCUUCCAUCAGCAACUUCUCAGAGUUUUACGUGGAGCUGGAGGCAAACAACGAGGGGGUGGAGUGUCUCCGUCUCCUGAACGAAAUCAUCGCUGAUUUCGACGAGCUGGUGCUGUUCCCCAGCGAUCUGGGCGAACGGCCUGCCUCAUUUUCCCCCAUCGCCCUGUCUCUGCAGGAAGCAUUCGGCAAGGCGGUCAAACUGGUGGGCUCAGAGUUCCUGGACAGGCUCCAGUACUACCACACAGUGUGGCUACCUGCUCGUUCACUGGUCCAGGAGUCAAUUCGGGAACGCUUCAAGGUUGACAAUUCCGGGGAGAUCGUGGUCCUGGGGAAGGGGGGCUGUCCCUGGAAGGAGCACAUCUUUGAGCUGGAGAAGGAGCUGAAGAUCGGGACUCCCAUCAAGUUUGUGCUGUUCACGGACCAGCAGGGUCAGUGGAGAGUCCAGUGUGUCCCUCAGCAUCCACACUCAUUCCAGGACAGGUGAGUGCUCACGGUGACCGGUCA